AUGGUGGUAAAACACACCCUUGAGUCAGUACUGGCUGAGGUCGAUGCCAAAGGCAAACGCCGUCGAGACAUUGCCUGGAAAAACAACACCCCCCAGCACUUCAACGAACGCGAUCCAAACCAUCGCAGCGCGCUUAUAUCCUACUUGACUGGCGUCGAAGUCCCCAGCAAAGCAAUCUGCAUCAGAUGCAUAAUGAACAGUGGCCCAAUGCAGAAGUGUGUUGUCUCUCUGGACCGCAAUGGACGCUACAAACACAAAGCCUGCAGCAACUGUCGCUGGUAUCAGAAGUCAGAUUGUUGCACAUUCAACAAGAUGAAACCCUGCACCAUUCUACGCAUCUUACAAUAUCCUGUGGGUGAAUUCGAGAAGCCCUGCUUGAAGUCUUGCAACAAUAAUUGUGUGGCAGAGCUGGAUCUCCCCUGUCCUUCUUCCUAUCGUGGGAUGAACCAAGAGAGGUAUUUGCCUCGUGUCCGUCCUGUUCCUCAUCUUAUCUUUGUUCCUCCUCCUCGUCCAGCAUCUGUCACUCGUCCUAUUCUGCGUCCGUUGACUCUGCUUCGUCCGAGUCCUGCUGCCAUGGCCAUGCGCCCAAUAAACAACCAGACCCAUGACGCCAGUGUCACCCUUCCUCCGAUUGUUCACCAUAAUGAUCGACAAACUGAUUCUAUGACUGUACCCGACGGCUAUCUUGAGAAUCUAUCUGCCAUGAAGGCGAGACAAAUCAAUCCCAACAUCAUAACCGCUGAAACACAGGAAGUCAUCGAUAGGCCAUACACCGCGGAGGACAGGGAGAGAAUCAACCUUCGUUUGCUCAGCAUUGCGGCUGACCACAUCGAAACCUUUGGAGUAAUGGACCCUCUCUUACUGAUUUGA